AUGCUUUUCGCCAACUUGACUGUCUUAUCUGCGUCACGUAUCUUUAAAUUUAGAGAUAAUCCUAUUUCUGUAUACAUGACGCUUCCAAUCGCAUAUAAUAAGGCAAUUGAAGGACGGUAUUAUAUUUUAUUUAAAGAAACUUGUCAUAAACUUGAAAUUGGUGCUGAUCACAAAAAUACAAAUGAACGUUUGUCUUUCAAGGAUGAAAACUUGUCUAUCAACUCUUCCCUCACAGAAUUAAGUGAAAAUCUUUCCCACAUUGCAUAUGCUAAUGCCAGUGCUGUGGUAGCAGCCGCUCGAUCCAAGGCUGUGGCUGCCUCAGGGGUUCGCAACACUUCACCUCGUGGCAAAAGCUGUGAUAUGCCUCCAGAUAAGACGUCAAAAAAUAUUUUCUCAAGAACUCGACAUUCAAGAAGUGCUCCCAACAAAAGUGCUAAUCGACAGUCUUCAGUUGGACAGCAAGAUUUCCAUCAAAAGCAUCACUGGUUGGGAGAGCAGCAUACAAAACUGCACACAGAUUCUUCACUAAGCCCAGGUAUUUCUGAAAGCAAACCAAGUUGGCGUUUGAGUUCCCUGUGGUUCCGACGUAGCUUUACGAUUGCUUGGCGUCGUAGAUCACCUCUGAAUGUAGACAGUUCUGGCGAAAAAUGUGGGGGUCCUUAUCCUCGUGCUCCCGGGACUGCUGUAAUUAUAAAUGCCCAACUAGUUCGUGAAGGUAUUGUGAUGCAGUGGCUUGGUCCACACUUUGAUUCACAUCGUCCUCGUAUUGAUUGUGAAAAGAUGAAUAAUCCUGAAGCUGGGACUUAA